AUGGCCAGCAUAAGAUUCCCUCCCAAGAGACUCAUUGUCUGCUGCGAUGGAACAUGGUUCAACAGCGACGACGGAUACAACAAGCCGAUUUUUGGCAAGAAAAGAGGGGCUUUGCAGGUCCCCUCCAACGUCACUCGCAUCUCGAGAUGCUUCAAGCGCACGUGCGACGAUGGUCGUGUCCAAAUUAUCAACUACCAGUCUGGUAUCGGUACCGGAAGCAACACGGCGGACACUUUGAUCGGUGGAGCCUUCGGUUCAGGCAUCUCCAUGCGAAUCAAGGAAGCCUAUAGUUUCCUGGCUGCCAACUACUUUGACGGCGACGAGAUCAUUCUCAUCGGGUUCUCACGUGGCGCUUUCACGGCUCGCUCGGUAGCGGGAAUGAUCUCGAAGCUAGGCCUUCUGACGCGCGAGGGUGUCGAGAUGUUCUACCCCAUUUUCAAGGAUAUGCAGCACUGGAAAAGCCCUCAAGGUGGAAAAAAGUACAGGGAUAAGUUCCCAGACAAGCCUUUCAGCAACAAACCGCAUGGAGAUGGCGCUGCCGAAAUCUACCGAGCCAGACUAGAGGCUCAUGCGUUUCAGGCUCUUGCCCUCGACGAGACACGGUCCUCCUUUCAGCCUGCCGUCUGGGAACGUCUGGAGUGCAACCGCAGUUCGACUGACUUGCGACAAGUUUGGUUCGCCGGUAGUCACAACAAUAUCGGCGGAGGAGAGCUUGAUCAAGCGAUGGCUGAUAUCACACUUGCUUGGAUGAUGGACCAACUUGCGUCUGUCAACGUUGAGUUCGACGAAAAGUGCCUCGAGCGUGUGGUCGCUAAGUCCAUGACGUAUUAUGCAACUGACACUGCGACAAUCAAGCGUCCCUGGGCGAACAUCCCGAUUUAUCAUGACGGCAGUAAAGUCCGACCAUGGGCCCUCGGGACAAUUUACCGUGCUCAUGGCCUCGUAUGGCGCCUCGCUGGCCGAAGCCAUCGAUCUCCUGGCCUCAAUCACGCCACAGACCCUCGAACGGGACGACCAGGCAAAGCAUGGCUUGAGGACACAAACGAGCGUGUGCACGCAUCGGUGAGGGUGCGUUUAGCAUGCGGUGGCACGGAUGUUGAUGGCAAGACCAUCUGGGCCUGCCCUGCACUCGCCGGCAGGUGGAAAUUGGCCAGGCGGAGCGACUUACGUUCGACGGAGGGGGCCCCAGAGUCGGAGUCGCAGUUACGAUCGCACUGGGUAUGGACUUAUGUCGGCAAUGAAGAACCACCCGAGACGGUCCUGUCAGAGGAGCCAAUGGGAAUAUUCGAAGAGCAGUUGCUGGAGUUGAUGGCAGGGAGGAGUGUGUGGGAGUACGCCGAACAUGCUUCCCCUGUCGACGAGAAGCAUUGA